UUUGCUCCUAGGAGGCCUUGCCGCUUUAAGAGCGCGGCUAGCGAUUGACAAGCAAUACCCGCGGAGCGCCCGGCUGCGCGGAAUCGCCCCAAGCUAGGGGCUCCCCAAAACGCAGCUGCAGCACUCGGCUCUCUGUGUAUGAUGCCGGUAGGGAGAACCGAACCCCUUAUCCCAGGGAUGCUGGUUCCCAUGCCAGUGAUGAGGGCUCCAGAGGGACACCGGACACAGAGAUGCUGAGCUGAGCGGAGCACAGGAGACUGACUUCAGAGCCCUCACUGUCUCCAUUCACCAUGCCGGUUGCUGCCACGAACUCCGAGUCUGCUAUGCAGCAAGUCUUGGACAACCUGGGAUCCCUGCCCAAUGCCACCGGGGCUGCGGAACUGGACCUCAUCUUCCUUCGAGGCAUAAUGGAAAGUCCGAUAGUCAGAUCCCUGGCCAAGGCCCACGAGCGUCUGGAGGAGACGAAGUUGGAGGCCGUUCGGGACAACAACCUGGAGCUGGUGCAGGAAAUCCUUCGGGACCUGGCUGAGCUGGCGGAGCAGAGCAGCACCGCAGCGGAGCUGGCGCGCAUCCUCCAGGAGCCCCACUUCCAGUCCCUCCUGGAGACACAUGACUCAGUGGCCUCAAAGACCUAUGAGACACCACCCCCCAGCCCGGGCCUGGAUCCCACGUUCAGCAACCAGCCAGUGCCUCCUGAUGCGGUGCGCAUGGUGGGCAUCCGGAAGACUGCAGGAGAACAUCUGGGUGUGACAUUCCGCGUGGAGGGUGGCGAGCUGGUGAUCGCCCGCAUCCUGCACGGGGGCAUGGUGGCUCAGCAAGGCCUGCUGCACGUUGGUGACAUCAUCAAGGAAGUGAAUGAGCAGCCCGUGGGCAGCGACCCCCGGGCACUGCAGGAGCUCCUGCGCAGUGCCAGUGGCAGUGUCAUCCUCAAGAUCUUGCCCAGCUACCAGGAACCCCACCUGCCCCGACAGGUAUUUGUUAAAUGCCACUUCGAUUAUGACCCCGCCCGGGACAGUCUCAUCCCCUGCAAGGAGGCAGGCCUGCGCUUCAACGCCGGGGACCUGCUCCAGAUUGUAAACCAAGAUGACGCCAAUUGGUGGCAGGCCUGUCACGUGGAAGGGGGCAGCGCCGGGCUCAUCCCCAGCCAGCUGUUGGAGGAGAAGCGGAAAGCAUUUGUCAAGCGGGACCUGGAACUGACCCCGACCUCAGGGACCCUCUGCGGUAGCCUUUCGGGAAAGAAAAAGAAGCGAAUGAUGUAUUUGACCACCAAGAAUGCAGAGUUUGACCGCCAUGAGCUGCUCAUCUAUGAGGAGGUGGCUCGCAUGCCCCCAUUCCGCAGGAAAACCCUAGUGCUGAUUGGUGCGCAGGGUGUGGGCCGGCGCAGCCUGAAAAACAAGCUCAUUCUGUGGGAUCCAGACCGCUACGGCACCACAGUGCCCUACACAUCGAGGAGGCCCAAGGACUCAGAACGGGAGGGGCAGGGCUACAGCUUUGUGUCUCGUGGAGAGAUGGAGGCUGACAUCCGAGCCGGGCGCUACCUGGAACACGGCGAAUAUGAGGGCAACCUGUAUGGCACCCGGAUCGACUCUAUCCGGGGGGUUGUUGCCUCUGGCAAGGUGUGCGUGCUGGAUGUCAACCCGCAGGCGGUGAAGGUUCUGAGGACAGCUGAGUUUGUCCCUUACGUGGUGUUCAUAGAGGCUCCUGACUAUGAGACUCUGCGGGCCAUGAACCGGGCUGCGCUGGACAGUGGCGUGUCCACUAAGCAGCUGACGGAUGCGGACCUGAGGCGCACGGUGGAGGAGAGCAGCCGCAUCCAGAGGGGCUACGGGCAUUACUUUGACCUCAGCCUGGUCAACAGCAACCUGGAGAGGACCUUCCGUGAGCUCCAGGCCGCUAUGGAGAAGCUUCGCACGGAGCCCCAGUGGGUGCCUGUGAGCUGGGUGUACUGAGUCUCGCUCCGGACCUUGUUAACCGCCUGGUCGGGGAAUCCGACUCCCACCCCACCUGUGACGUUCCCCCAUCCUGCUAAUGGUCUUCGUCCCCAUCUCUGGUUUUCCCUGGACCACAGUUCCCAGCAGGGGCUGGCUUCAGUGUAGAGGUGUGCACUGCCAGGGAGGGAGGUGAUCAUGGGUGAUCAUGGGGUACCUCUGUACCCAGGUGCUGCCCACUCCCCGUGUCUACUGGCCACCAGAUGUCCCUUUCUAAGGAUCAUGCUGCACUGCGAGCAUCUUGGAUGGCUCCUGUGAGUCUCAGUCCAGGGGAGAGCAGAGCUGCUUGGGGCCUUGUGGUCAGUCAGACUGUGACCCUGCCAGCUUUUUCUCCUCUGGACUGGCCACAGCCACCCUGUUCCCUCCUACUCCACUACGGUUUCAUAUGGCCAGGUACUCAGACCAUUGGUAGCUAGGCAGACCCAGGUGAUGGUGGCAGUCUGGGCCAUUUCAGAGACUGGGUCACCCCGUCAUGGGUCAGUUACUGCAGCUGACGACACAGGCCUCAGCUCUCUUAACAUAAGUCUGGUUCCUCCCUUACUCCAAGCUUCUCACUGCCAAAGUCUCUCCACAGACUUUCUCAAUGUGCCCCUCUUUUAUAAGCCCUGCUCUUCAAACUUGCGGCUGGCGGGUGGCGGUCAGCUUAGCCCAGGUUGGCAAUGGGGCCUAGAAAGUCGAGCCCUCUCCUGUUGGGACCAAAAGUACCCCAGGCUCCACGGCCCGCAGCAGGUUUUAUUCACUUCAGGCUUUUCUCUGGGUGGGUCUGGGUGACCUGCUGGCUUUAGGGCUUAGGCAGCGUGGGGAGACUGUGAGUGGGGGCUUGGAAACAGAUUAGCUUUAGCAGCGCUUGCCACAUAACUCCAGGGGGUGCCAUUGGCACUGCAGGCUGGGCAGCCUGUGGCUCUGCCUGGUGUGGUGCUGGUCUGUGUCUCUGGCCUUGGUGUGUGUGUGUGUGUUGCACAUGCAUAUGCACUCGUUUGGCUGGGUUUGAGAGGAGGCAGAGGAUUGCCUUCUCUUGGAGGGUGGCUCUUUGAGGUCCCCUAUGGGUUCCCCUCAACUCCGCCAUUUCUUACAAUCCCCCAUUCCAGACUCCAGAGACUGGAUCUCCCCCAACUCUCCCAUCUUCCCUUAUCCAAGAACCAGCCGUUAGCCCUUGGGUGGGGGGUGAUUUUGUAAAAUAGGAUAAUUCUUCUAAGAGUCCCAUCCUUGGCAUCCGGAGACUUCAUUCCUCAUUCUUGAGGGGCCCCGUGUCCUCACAGGAGACCCCCUGGCACCUCCACCCUGUGCCUCCCAGAUCUGAGCAUCAGUCUUUGCUGCACUGUCAGCCCAAGCUUGUCUGUGAACCACUGUGUGCCCAAAUCCUAGAGAAGGGGAGGGGGGGAGAAUAGACAGGAUAUUUAUUACAGAUGCUAGAAAUAUAUUUAUUAUAUUAGGAAUCGCAUUUGCAUUGGCAUUGGAUGUGCAGACGAGACUAGAGGUGGGCCCACCCACUGCUCAUUUGCAUAACUCUGCUCUCAGCUACCUGUGGUUUUCCUUUAGUCAGAUCAGUGUCCUUCCCUUUAGUUCAACAUCUUGCUGUGACCCUGACCCUUACUUAACUGAAGAGGACUGUCCUCCUUGCCAGUUCUUUCCUCCCCUGGAGGAUGAGCGCAGGGUCAGAGAAGCAUCUAUGACAGCCCCUUCUCCCCCUUGAUUAACCCACAAAGACCCCCAACCAAAAGACCAUGGCCUCUGAUAGAGAUUGGGUGGGCACCAUGCUGGAGAGUUGGUACCAGUUCUUCCCUGGAUAUCCAGUGUGGCCACAACCCCCUACAUUCUCCUCUCUAGUAACGUGCAAGGGCCCCUCCUCUCUGAACAGCCUCCUACCUCUCUCUCCCACUGAGCCUGGCUCUACCACCCAUCCAAGCACUGGCCAGGAGGAAACAGAGGCUGUGAGCCUCCUCAGCCUGGCACAGGGCUGGGUUAGAACAUGCUCGUGCCCACCAAGCUAGCUCUGUGACACUGUCCUCCCUCCCUCCCACCAUGGCCUCUUGUAUUUGGGGACCUCAGGAGAAGGAGGACCCUGCCGCUCUCGUCAUGGUCCACACUCGGUCCCUGCCCGUUGCUGUCCCUCCGUCUCCCCCACCUCCCCAGCCAUCUAAUUUUUAAGUUUUCUUUCUUUUCCUUUGAUUAAACGUGACAGCAAGUG